UCAGGGGUGUUUUAUCAGUUAGUGCCAGCUGCCUGCAACACACACACUCGGCUCAGAGUGACCUAAGAAACACAGUCCUCUCCUGAAGACACGCAGCACUGAAGUGAUCGGUAACCAUGAAGGGGCUUCUGCUCCUGUGUCUGCUCCCCCUGUUUGGAGGUCAAAGGUCAUCAGCAUGCCCCCAUCUUUGCUCCUGCCAUGGCAGUCAGGUGGACUGCAGCAGCAAGUCUCUCGCCUCCUCCUCGCUGCCCACCAGUUUCCCUGCUGGGACCACCUCCCUCCGUCUCCACAACAACCGGCUGGCCACCCUCCCUAACGGGCUCCUGGAUGGUUUGACCUCCCUCAACUCGGUCUCCCUUCAUGGUAAUCCCUGGGUGUGUGACUGUGGGGUUCUCUACCUGCGAGCAUGGCUGCUGCAUCAUCCCGCCACUCUCACGUCACACCUGGGCGUCAACUGCACCUCCCCUCCUGGCCUCAGAGGGCGGCUGGUGGUGACUUUAACAGAGAGGGAGGUGCUGGAGUCCUGCCACUACUGGUACUGUAAUCUGGCUUUGGUGUCACAGGUUUGUCUGUUUGUGUUUGUGGUGGUGCAGGUGGCUUUGCUGGCAGCUCUCAUUGUGUUCCUGAAGAGGUUUGAGAGGUUUUCCAAAGAGGCGAGGAAAACCAUGGAGGAGAGCUUCACGGCUGGGGAGAGUCUGAUAGACAAUGAGUACACGUCUUUAUAGGACAGCAGCAUCUGAGAUGGAAGAAGAAGAGCUGUUUAUCAUUUGCACAGCAGAGAAAAUGUCUCUUACAUGCUUUUGUGUUUCAGACUAUAAUUACAAAGUUCAUUUUAGGCACAACAAGGUGAAAAACUAAAAGGAAAACCCUCAAUAAAUGAGUAGAGAAACAUACGCAGAUGCUUCCAUACAGGAAACAAGUGGAGGGGUUUGAUAAGUAUGAAAAUACCGUGACUCUGAAUCCGGUUUAAUUUGUUACCAUGUAGGUUUUUACUUACCAGUACAAGGAAUUUGCUUUGGUAAAUUUGUGCAUAACAUAAACAAAGUAAGAGAAAUUAAAUUAGAAAUAAAAGCAAUAUUGCAAAAAUCAAGAAACAUGAAUACAGAAUAGAAGAAAUUUAAAUAACCUAUGAAAAAAUACCAUAAACUAUGUACAAGACAUCUGAAUUAAAAUGAAAGACCUGUUUUAAGAGGUGGUAGUUUGUGCAGAAAUGUGCAAAAUUGUUCAAGGAAUGAGCAGAAGUUCACAGUAUAAAGAACAUAUACAAGAAACAUGUAAUGUUCAGAGAUAAAGUUCCAAAGAUGUGCCUUAUUUAGUCCACUAAAUGAUGUGAAUCAUGUGCUUCAUCACCAAAUCUUAAAAGAUCUCAGGGAGAUUUCACUGAAACUGUUCUGGCAGCUUGAUGGCCCAACACCUCACUAAGACACGUCUUCGACUAUGUUUGCCUCCCAUCUAGAUCCAUAUAGCACCAUAGAACAGACUAAAUGGAAAUAAAGAUUAAAACAGCCUAAAGCACAAGUGUCUGACCAAUUUUGGAUUCUUAAACCAAUGUCUUUAUUUGAGAGGAAAUUUUCUUGUAACAAUAUAUUGGAUUAUAUGAAUUAAAAUCAAUGAAUUUAAGGACCCCUUAGAUAUGAUUAUUAGACAGUUGUGAUGUAGUGAACAGGACAUUUUACAGCUGACAAAUGAACUUGUACAAACCUAUCACUUUGUUAAUUAUCAGCCAGACUUUGAUACUGAUGUGUCUGUGUUUACACAUCAGUUGAUAAUAUUGCAAAUGUAAAGCUUCAGUCUGUACAGCUGCACUCAUCACUUGCUCACAAUGAACACUUUUUAUUGACAUAAUAUUAAUGACAACAUGAAGAAAGUCCAGCUUUCUACCCAAAGUUUUGACAACACAGAUCCUUUCCGCCUGGUUGAAAUAUCACAUUUAAAUUUUCUAUUUUUAAAGGCUCAUGUGGUUUAAAAAAAAAAGAUCAAUAAAAAUGUGUUUUUAGCACCUUGAGAUGCUUUAUUUGCAGAUGUGAGCAAUCAAAAUAAUCUCAACUGAAGACUUCCAACUGGUCCUACCAAAGGAUCUAGAUUUCUCCUUCAAGGUUAACACAGUUUAACACAUUCAUCAUCAUACUUGCAAUUACCCAUGUUGUUGAGCUAGUGUGCUGUCUCUGAGAAACAGCUGUUCAGUAGUCACUCAGGAAGCAUUUAAAAAUAAAAACUCUGAACCAGAAAUUCACUGUACUUCAAACUUAAGUGUGUGUGUGUUUUUUUUUUAUACUAAUUUGGUAUGUUAGCAGGUCACUUGUGGUCCAUUCAGAAUGAACCUGUGACCCACCAGUUGGGAACCACAGGUCUAAGGUACAUUAGGAAUAUCUUAUAGGGUGUGUGUGUGUGUGCGUGUGUGUGUGUGUGUGUGUGUGUGUGUGUGUGUGUGUGAGUGCGUGCGUGCGUGCGUGCGUGUGUGUUUAAAUAUUGUAGAAAUUUCUUCAUCAGAAAAAAUGAAUCACAAAUUUUUUUAGACGUUUCUUUUUUGUAUUUGCAAUCACAUUUUGAUGUUUUAAAGACAAAAUAAAUGCUACAAGUGUAAUUAAAAGUUACUGAAACUGUG